AUGGCAGAUACUGCAUUUUUUGCUUGGUGCUUUGUAGAGCUUGAAGAAAACACGAAAGCAAUGCUCACAUUGAUACAACAAGAGGAUGGAAAUUCUUUUGGUCAGAAAGCUGAAAUGUUUUAUCAGAGGAAACAGGAGCUUGUGAAGAGGGUUGAAGAUUUCCAAAGAUUAUAUCAUUCAGCUGCAGAAUAUUACAACCAGCUAUCUUACCGGUCAUCGCUCUCAUCUACUUCCACACAACAGCUUGAGAAUUUUCAUGGUGUGGAAAAAGUUACCCAAUUGGAACCCUCUGACUCGAAUCCUGAGUCUGGGGUGGAAGAUGCUGAACUCCAAACAAAUGCGAGGAAUGUCAUUACAGAAACUGCAGAUGGUUUCAGGUCAGAUGCCACAGAUGAAAUGAGUUCAGAAAUAUCUGGAAGAAUGAUACUAGUAGAGAACCAACAGACUGUUAUGGCAGAAAAGGGCGUUCAAAGGAGAAAUGGUUUCACUUUCACUGAAAAUACUGUCAAAGGUUCUGACACAUUCCAUUCUCUGGAGCAGCGGAUCUCAUGUUCUGAACAAAUGCUGGGGCUUAUAGAGGAGAAUUGGACACACCUGAAUGAGCUGACGAGAAGAAAUGAAGAGAAAAGAGAAGCCAAUAGGGAAUUAUGGAGUCAGAUUGAAAAUCUUAUGAAAGAGAACCAUAUACUCCAAGAGCAGCAUAGCAAGUUGAUGGAUGAGAAUGGGGCUCUCCAUAUGAAGAUUCAGAAACUAAUGAGUUCUAACAGCUCCAGUCCCAAGAACAAGCAGAACACAUCUCAAUUUUCUAGGCUGAAGACCCUAAUCCUGAGUGCAUUUCGUGCAGGUGGUUUGCCAUAA